UUUAAAAAAAUAAAGUCACGUUGUAAACAACUGUAAAUCCACAGUUGUGAAAUAUGAAGGCAUUCUGCAACAGAAUUCACAAUUAAGAAAAAAAUCAUAGUCAGAAUUACUUUGAAUUGUUUUACUUUAUGAAACUGGUCUUCAAUAAUGCUUUUUGAAAAUUCUUUGGUAAAAAAAUGUUUCAAAUUUCCUACUCCACUUGUUGAGCUAAUUGUCAUGUCAUAAAUAAGCAAACCAUGAUCAUUUAAAGCUGUCUCUGCACAUUAAACUGGGAUAAGAGAAUAAAUAUUAAAUCAGCCUUUGGAGGAAGGUGACUUUUCUAAAAUAAGAAAACAUGUUGCUUACAGAAGGUUUGAAAAUCACAAUGAGUGCCUGGCAAAAGCCUUUGAGCAUGUGUUGGGCAGAAGUCAGUUGCAUUAUUACAGCCAUCAAUCAUCACUGGUGUAUAAAAAUAGGUGCAGGUGGCAAAAUAGCAUAAACUGGCAAUGCCCUGUCAUGCUGACUGGCCGCUGUCACCGUCUCUCUAAAAUAAGCUUGAGCACAAUUCACUGCUCAGAGAAAAUCAGGGUUUCAGUAGAGCUUCUGCUGUUCUCUUCUCCCUCCCUAGACUUGAAAGAUGUUAUGAACUAUUAUACAAAACAGGUAUUUUCUGACAGGAUCUGGCGUCUGGGCCUGGAUAUGAUAUUUCUGGCAUGGAGUGAUCUUAACACAAUCCUCAGGAACUGAAGAUGAAUAGAAAACAAGAGGUCAGACAAAAUGAGAUAAAUGAAGAAGAAGAGAAAAGGUGGGACAAAGUAGAGCCUUCUGAAGAGAUAAAAACAGAUACAGAGUUACCGGAGGAGUACUAUCAUGGGCUUGAGGAUCUACCCUGGAACCUGAACUCACUGGAGCAGUUACUGUACAUCAGCCUGCCAACAUGGAUACAAAGAGCUUUGCUUUGCAACUUAGCUGAGCAGUUUGGCAUCUGGACUUUUCAUAACAACAUCCUGCCGUGUCGUCUCAUAUCUUACACCCUACUGCCGUACACUCUGCCUGCUACAGCUGUCAUCUCAUUCAUCUAUAGAUUUCUGUACUGGGUGAAGAAAAUUCCCCACAAGGUUCUGAACACAUGCAAGGAAUUCAAACAGGAAGUGAUCGCACAUCUGCGAUUAGUCUUUGCGCACUUAAGAGGACUUCUGUCGAACAGAUCCCUGCUUUUGCAAGUUCCAGCUUUGCUCCCCACACUUGCUCUGUUUCUUGCACCCUGGUCCUGUUUCGCAUCUCUUCCUUUUGCUUUCCUUCCCUGUUCCUCUUUUCCUUUACUUUCUCUUGCUUUGCGUUUUCUGCCACGCCGUCUCUCCACUUCAACAUCAAAUAACCAGCCGGAGUGCAGGAGCCAGACUCAGCCUCUCUGGUCUAGACAACGAUCUCUCUUCUGCUUCCAGCUGACCGGAUCCGGUGGCUUCUGCAAGAAGUCAGAUAACAUACUGACAGAUGCAGAGCCACUAUCUUCUGCCUUUCUCCUGCAGCUCAACUUAGAGUUAGAAAUGGACAGCCAUCCUGAACCACGACAGUUUCAGAAGGACACACCAGAUUGUGAGGGAAGUUUAUUACUAAACACAGAAGUAGAUGAGAAUCUAUCUUCUCCUUUUAUUUCUUACAUGGAUGUACAAGAGGAAGACUGAAUGACUGUAUUAUAUUGCAAAUUUAUUGCAAAAGAAAUAAAAACGAGAAAUGUUGCUUUGGGAAUGAACUGAAAAUAAGUACUAAAAUUACUAAAACAAAAGCUACAUAGAAAUAAUAAAAACGAAAAAAGAAAAUGACAAGCACAUAAUGACAGAAUUACUAAAUGUUUAGUAAAAAUG